UUAAUAUGUAGCAGAAAGUGUAAAGAAGAUGAAGUUUUAAAGCGUGAAAUACGUAUGCUGCUGGAAGAUCAAUUCUAUGUACCUGUAUUAAGAACGGAAGGUAAUGCAUGUCCACCCACUAUCGGAGAACCGUUUUCGCCGUCCAGUCCGCUUAAUUUGAACAGAGAUGAUCCUAUAAGCCCCCUUGUAGAAGUAAGGGCAUUUGCUGGUCCAAUGACUAAAACGCAGGCAGUAGAAUUUCGAAAAAAAUGGAAAACGCCACCACGUGUUACUCCUAAAAGAGGACAGGGCGAUGCACCUGGUAUUAUGAGUCCUAAUAUAGCUCUGAGGUUGCAAGACACGGAAAAAGGACUAGAACGUGUUGGAAGAGAUCUUGCUGAGGAAUAUCAAGUGCCUUGGAAGGAAUAUUGGCCGUUCUUAAAAGAUUUUGUUGAUUUUCGGAGUGACAACGGAUUAACAAAACUCGAAAACUAUUUGGAGCAAAGAUUCAAGGAUAAGGAACAAUUAUUUUACUCGACGAGAAAUCUAAUUAAUAACGUACAUACGCCAACGAAUUGCAAAGAUGAAUCAGUAACUUGCCAACAGACUUUGCCAAAAGAAAUGGAUGCUAUUAAUAAUAUACAAUACUUAUGUGAUAAAUUAUACAUGUGCUCGUUAACUACUGAAAUUGAUAAUAUUGAAGAAGAUACAGAUAGUUUAGAAUUUUUUACAGCUCCAUCCUCGCCAGAACUUGUUCAAAAUGAUUUAGAUGAGGAUGAUUUCGAUGACGGCAUGCAAAAUGCAGAAGAAGGUCCUCUAAUAUUUAUCGAAGGGUCCUCACCAACGAAAUUAGAUUAUGCUGUUUACAAUGCACUUUCAUCCGCGAUUUGUCCCGAUACAUAUCCUUACAUUUAUCGUUGGCGACAUGAUAUGCAGCUAGCUUUAAAACAUGAUCCAUGCAGAUUUAAUACGUCAUCCCUCAGAAGAAAACUAUUUACAAAUAAUUAAAUAUCUAUUAAAAGACGCUCAUAUUGACAAUCUGGAUUGCCAAACUUUGAGUUAAAUCAUUGGACUGUUUCUUACUGAUCAUAAUCCUGUAUUAACAAAGAAAAAAAAUUAGUUUACCUGAAGCUAGCUAAUUAAUGUUGACGCAGCUGACCUCAGAAAAGUUUUAACUAUAUAAUAAAAUGUAUAAACCUGUUUGCACAAUGUUUGAUAACCAAUCGUAAAUGUAUUCAAAGUAAGAUAAGAAAAGGAUAUAUUUUGAGACAUUUUUACUGAAACUUGUAACUAGAAGCCUUUGUGCUCAAACUUUUGAAUUAGCAUAUACUCCUUUUUAUUGUUCACCGUUUAUAGUUACAAUAAAUGCUCAUUAUUGGGAAA